AUAAAUACAUAUCAUUUUAUGUGUUUAAAUAUAUAUAUAUGUAUAUAUAUAUAUAAUUAUUAUUAGUUUUUGCUGCUGCUGUACCAAAAAUAAUCGAUCUCCACCUCACUCUCGUCCGCUUUCCGGGGCGGUGUUCAUCUUGACCAACCCAACUCUCUUCACUGGAACGAAGUCUCGCGAGAACCCCGCGACGUCACGGGAUAAUGGCUGCAGAUCGCGGAUAUUAGAAGCUUCAAUUUAAGAGUUAAAGAAAGAGGAGGCGGUGAAGCAGACACACGACAGAAGGUAACGUCUCCUCCGCCCUGCAGAGAUGUCCCAGGUCUCCAGCCACGGGAGGCUGCUGCUGCAGCGCCUCCACCAGCAGCGGGAGAUGGACUUCCUGUGCGACGUCACCAUCAUGGUGCGCGACGUGGAGUUCAGGGCGCACCGCAACAUCCUGGCCGCCUUCAGCAAGUACUUCUCCACGCAGGCCGAGAGGGGCCAGGAGGUCACCACGCUCGACCCCGAGAAGGUCAGCCGCUACGCCCUGGAGAAGCUGCUGGAGUUCAUCUACACCGGCCAGAUGAACCUCAGCAGCACCAGACAAGCCGCCGUGCGCCGCGCCGCCGUGUUCCUGGGGAUCUCCGAGGCGACGCGGUACCUGGUGGAGACGCCCCAUUGGUCGGAGAUGGACAAAGACGCCGGCCUCUCUCCUCCCAGCCCGAUGUCGCACGGCAGCCCCCACUCGCCCCUCCCCCUCUCCAUCGCCGCCGCCGCGGGUGAGAGUCGGGUGGAGGAGGGGGAGGGAGGCGGGGUGGCCGGCGGGGUGGCCGGCGUGGAGCUUGGCGAGGAGGAGGAGGAGGAGGAGGAAGAGGUCGCCGGCUACAUGGAUAUCGAGGAGCCGGAGAAGAGCGACGGCGACUACAACCCCGCCGCCGCGCCGAGGCCCGGCGCGAGGGGAACGGGCCGGAAGAGAGGCCGGCCGAAGAGGGGCGAGAGGGUGGAGGAUUUUGAAGACUUCUCCGAAGACUGGAGCCCGUCGCAGGAGGACGACGGCGGCGGCGACUCGGCGGCGAAGAAGCCGCGGAUGGGUGGCGAGGAGGGGCGGAGGGGGCGGGGCCGCGGGAGGGGGCGGGGCCGAGGGAGAGGGCGGGGCAGGAGGAAGACCGCGGAGGAGGGAGACGACGGGGAGAGCGGCGGGCCGGGCGCGGACGACGACGACGACGACGACCUCAUCGAGAAGGGGGAGCACGAGGAAGACGAGGAUGAAGACGAGGUGGAGGAAGGCGAAGUCGCGGACCCGUCCGAGGUGGACGAGCUGUCGCUGGCGUGCACCGAGUGCAACAAGAUGUUCAAGGACGUGAGCAGCCUGCGGCGCCACGAGAAGAUCCACAAGGGCCUGAAGCCCUUCGUCUGCAUCUUCUGCUCCAAGAACUUCAGGCAGGCCACGCAGCUGAAGACGCACCUGCGUAUCCACACAGGUGAGAAGCCGUUCAACUGCUCCAGCUGUGAUAAGUGCUUCGCUCAGAAGUGCCAGCUGGUGGCUCACCGCCGGAUGCACCACGGCGAGGAGAAGCCGUACACCUGCGAGCGCUGCGGCUUCAAGUUCGCCACGUCGUCCAACUACAAGAUCCACAUCCGCCUCCACAGUGGGGAGAAGCCCUAUGUGUGUGAUAUCUGUGGUCAGGCGUUUGCCCAGUCGAGCACGCUGACCUAUCACAAGCGGCGCCACACGGGCGAGAAGCCGUACCAGUGCGAUCUGUGCGGCAUGUCGUUCUCCGUGUCCUCGUCGCUCAUCGCCCACGCCCGCAAGCACACAGGCGAGACGCCGUACAAAUGCUCCCAGUGUGAAGGAAGCUUUGUGACGUCCUCGGAGCUGAAGAAGCACCUGAGGAGAUUCCACCCAGAGGGGAACAACGGCGUGCAGUGUCUGCUGUGUGGAAACCGCUUCGCCAGCGUGAAGAACAUGAUCAAACACCAGGAGAAGGCUCACGCCGACGAAGUGCGGCAACACAAGGAGAGAGCCAGAGCAGGUGUGCACCCCGUGGCCUUCGUCCAGAGUAAGCUCCACCAGGAGAGCCGCGGCGUGGCAUCCAUCGCGGAAGCCGGAGAGCCGGCGACCCCCGACCCCAAAGCCCCGCCCCCGCUCGACGCCAUCGUCCAGGACUUCAAGCCGGAGCCCACGCACACCGCCAUCAGCGGCGCCGACGACGACGACGACCCCGUGACCUUCGAGCCCGACCCGGAGCAGACCAUCAACUCGGAGACGCUGCACGCGCUGGUGGAGCAGCUGCGGCCGCCGCCGUCCCCGGCCCAGAGCCUGGAGCAGAUCGUCAUCAUCCGCACCGUGGACGGCGGCGAGCCGGACGCCGCGCCGCGCCAGUGA